AUUGCGUUUCAACUGCUAAUGUGAUUUAACCCAAUAUAGGUUUUGUAGGUUUUAUAGUUUUGAAAAUAAAUGUAUAAUAAUUUCGUUCGUUAUAAAAACUUUACAGCUAGAAUUUGGUCUAUUACUUCUCACAGAUGAAAAGCAUUUCUAAACAAGCUUUCGCAGCCACCGCCUUUAGCAUUUCGGCAAUAAUAUUAAUAUCGUUUUUCUAUAGACUAGGAAAACUAAGCGUCGAUGACGUUGCAUUGACAGUUUUAACAUCACCUCAAAGGAGUCUUGCACAGAACGUCGAAGUAGUUAGUUGGAAACCGAGAAUAUUUCAUUUUCACAAUUUCUUAGAUGAAAGUGAAUGCGACCAGAUUGUUGAGAUAGCAGGUAACAAAGAAUCACUGAAAAGAUCUAUGGUACUUGGUAACGAUGGAAAACCUGUCCUAAAUCCGGCAAGGACAAGCUAUGGCGCAUUUUUGUCUGAUCACAAAACUGCCCCACUGAUUAAAAAUAUUGCAAGACGUAUUGAGGAAUGGACAGGAGUUCCAGAAGAAAAUGGUGAAAUCUUUUAUUUACUUCGUUACAGGAAUGGGGAAGAAUACAAGCCGCAUAUGGACUGGUUCAACAAUGACUUGUUGAAGCAAGUCGAACGUGGACAACGUAUUAUGACUGUUCUCAUGUACUUAUCGGAUGUCGAGUUAGGAGGUGAGACUUGGUUUCCUAAACCAGAUAUCAAGGUCAACCCUAAAAAAGGAGACGCAUUGUUGUUCUAUAACGUUAUGCCUACGAACAAAGCAGAUGAGCUGGCCUUGCACGGGUCUUUACCAGUGAUGAGUGGCACAAAAUGGAGUAUGACUCGCUGGAUCAGAGAUAAAAAAACGUAGCCACAGAAAAAUUUUCCAGCCCUGGUCUUAAAAAGCGUAGUGUCUAAACACAUUGUAUGUUUGUAGAAGUAUUAAACUAUCAUCAUCUCCUUUUGUCGGAUAGCUUCUAUAUGGAUUGAGUGGUCGUCCACUUUAUACUGCAUUAUAGAGCACAUGUACACGUAGAGCGUAUUCAAAAUGUAUACUAAAAAUGUUUUCAACACAUAUGCCGUUGUUGUUUUGACUCCAAUAUUGGGCAACUA